GUUCUCCUCUUCAAGUCCAGGGUGGUCCAGCAGCAAGACGGGGAGAGGAACUUCCACUCCUUCUACCAGUUACUGCGCGGAGGCUCAGAUGAGAUGCUGGGGUCAUUUCAUCUACAGAAAGAUCCAGCUCUCUAUACGUAUACCAAAGAGGGAGCUGAUACUGCCACCUCCAACAAUGACCGCUCGAGCCACAAAGCAGUGAUGAGUGCUCUGGAAGCGAUUGGCUUCUCACAAGAGGAGAUUACUUCCAUUUAUCAGGUCCUGGCUGCCAUACUCUUGUUGGGUAAUGUGCAGUUUGAGAGCGAUGGAGAGAGCGUCCAGAUCGUGGGACUGGAAGCUGUUAACCACAUCUCUGAGCUGAUAGCCUCAGACGUGGACAGCGUCUGUAAAGGCCUGCUGUUCCGCACCGUGGCCACCGGGGGGGGCGAGGUCAUCGAGAAGGGACACACGGAGCAGGACGCCUGCUUCGGAUGUAGCGCUUUCGCCAAGGCUUUAUAUGAGAGACUCUUCGGCUGGAUUGUAAACCGUAUCAACAGCGUCAUUGAAGUAAAAGACUACAACCCAGUGCUUCAUGGGAAAAACACAGUCAUUGGCGUGCUGGAUAUCUACGGCUUUGAGAUCUUUGACAACAACAGUUUUGAACAGUUCUGCAUCAACUACUGCAACGAGAAGCUGCAGCAGCUCUUCAUCGAGCUGAUCCUCAGACAGGAGCAGGGAGAAUACCAGAGAGAGGGCAUCACCUGGCAACACAUUGAUUACUUCAACAACCAGAUCAUUGUGGAUCUGGUGGAGCAGCCCCACAAAGGCAUCAUCUCCAUUCUGGACGAAGCGUGCCUCACUGUUGGUAAAGUCACCGAUACGGUCUGCCUCGAGAGCAUGGACACCAAGCUGGCCCAGCACCCCCACUACACCUCCCGCAAGCUCAGCCCUACUGACAAAACCAUGGACUUCCAGAAACAGUUCCGUAUUCGCCACUAUGCAGGAGAUGUCACAUAUUCCGUCGAGGGCUUUUUGGACAAAAACAAGGACCUGCUUUUCCAAGAUUUCAAGCGUCUCAUGUACAACAGUGCCAACCCAGUCAUGAAGGAGAUGUGGCCAGAUGGUCAGCUGAGCAUCACAGAGGUCACAAAGCGACCUCUGACCGCAGCCACACUCUUCAAGAACUCCAUUGUGGCCUUGGUGGAUAAACUGGGCUGCAAGGAGCCCUACUACGUGCGGUGCAUCAAGCCCAACGAGAUGAAGUCUCAGGUGCUGUUUGACGACGCUCGCUGCCAGCACCAGGUGGCCUACCUGGGCCUGAUGGAGAAUGUGAUGGUGCGCAGAGCGGGCUUCGCCUACAGGCAGCAUUACGCUCGCGUCCUGCAGCGGUAUAAAAUGACGUGCGAGUACACCUGGCCGAACCACCUGAUGGCGUCGGACAGAGAGGCGGUGGAGGCCAUCAUCACCCAGCACGGUUUCCAGGACGACGUGGCGUACGGACACACCAAGCUGUUUGUGCGCUCGCCUCGCUCUCUCUACACUCUGGAGCAGGAGAGAGCCGCCCUCAUCCCCAUCCUGGUGCUUUUCCUGCAGAAGGUGUGGCGAGGGGCUCUGGCUCGCAGGAGGUGCCGGCGAAUGAGGGCUAUCUACGCCAUCAUGGGCUGCUUUAAGCGCUACAAGGUGAAAGCCCACUUCUGGGAGGUGGAGAGGAGGUUCACCAAUGUGCGCACCAUGGCCGACUACGGGAGGAGCGUGGAGUGGCCAACCCCGCCCGUAGCGCUGUCCCAGUUCCACAACAACACCGUCAUGCUGCACCGCAGGUGGUGGGCGAGGCAGAUCGUGAAGAACAUCCCCCCGUCUGACAUGCUGGAGGUCCGGGCCAAAGUGGCAGCUCUGACUGCACUGAGCGGAGAGAGGAAGGACUGGGGGUUCAGCAGAGCCUGGGAGAGGGACUACCUGGCCAACGUAAGGAACACACAUGAUCAGUCAGGGUACUCUUAA